GUGUGAUUGUUUGUGGUGCCAGCAGUAAAUUCCUAGUCUACUCCUCUGAAGUCAAAUCCAUUCUGGGUAACAACCAGCAGCUGCUGACUCUACUUGAAGUGGCCAAUGAUAGCAAAUGGAGAGAGUAUGGUAUUGCCUGUAACAAGCUCCCUCCUUGGUUUCUGCUUUUGGUUGGUACAUUACUCUGCUUCUUGUGUUUCUAAUUCUUGGGGAUUUGGUGUGCUCUGGCUCUCUGUUAGCCAGAUGUCAGACUGUUCAGAACUUGCCUUACUGGUUGGUGAUUGGUUUGUGUACUAUUAGAGGAAAGAGCAAUACUGUAGUGCAUUCUCCGUCUUGCCAUUACUUUUUCAUCAUAACAGAAAUCAAACUUUGAUGUUUUGGUUAUCUGUUAGUUUUUGCCAGAUGCUGUGAAUCUAAGUGGUGUUUGCCCAAGAGACAUAAAAAAAUUGCCACUUAAUUGAAUCCAUGAUAGCAAAAUCAUGCUUUCAGUGCGUCGAAUUAUACCAUCCUUGGUUUCCAUAUCAGUCAAGAAUUCCAGUAGCCUAUGUGUUCAUAGUCCUCUUUCAGUGGUAGCUAAAUUCAUUCAUGGUUGUACAGAAGCAAACAUUGAUACCGUAGUCAAUUCCAUAUGUGGUUCAUUCAGGAAGGGCUGUAAUUGGGACAUUCUGGCUCAAAAUUUUGAUUCUGUUCGCUUAAAUGAUUUGAUUGUUGAGAAGGUACUGCUGGAAUUAAAGGAACCAACUGAUGCAAAACGGGCUCUGGCUUUCUUCCAUUGGUCAGCACAAAGGAAAAAGUUUGAACAUGGGAAUUGGUCUUAUUGUAUCACAAUUCAUAUUUUGGUUCAAGCACGACUGCUUACGGAUGCUCGAGCAUUGCUUGAAUCAGUUUUGAAAAAAAAUGCAGGGAGCCAUUUGAGAUUUUCAGUUGUGGAUUCUCUACUUAGCAGUUACAAGAUUACAGUUUCAACUCCAUUUGUGUUUGAUUUGUUAGUACAGGCUUAUGCUAAACUCAGAAUGUUUGAGAUUGCUUUUGAUGUCUGCCGCUAUUUGGAAGAACAUGGCUUCUCUUCAAGCCUUAUAAGUUUCAAUACUUUAAUUCAUGUUGUUCAAAAAUCUGAUCAAGUCCCUCUAGUUUGGAAGAUUUAUGAGCAUAUGAUUCAAAAUAGAACGUAUCCAAAUGAAGUAACAAUCCGAACGAUGAUAAGUGCAUUGUGCAAGGAAGGGCAUUUGCAGAAAUAUGUCGACAUAUUGGACCAGAUCCAUGGUAAGAGAUGCUCUCCUUCAGUGAUUGUUAAUACCAGUUUAAUCUUAAAGAUUUUAGAGGAGGGAAGAAUUGAAGAUGGUAUGGUAUUAUUGAAGAGAAUGUUGCAAAGGAGUAUGAUUCUUGAUACAAUUGUUUAUUCACUAAUUAUUCAUGCUAAAGUAAAACUUGGGAAUUUGGAAUCAGCGUGGAAAGUGUAUGAAGAAAUGCUAAAUAGAGGUUUCCAAGCAAAUCCUUACAUCUAUACUUUGUUUAUAGGAGUCCAUUGUAAAGAGGGAAGAAUAGCAGAAGCACAUUGCCUAAUGAAGGAGAUGGAAGAUCUGGGUUUGAAGCCGUAUAGUGAAUGUUUUGAUCUUCUCAUUGAGGGGUGUGCUAAAGCAGGAAAAUUGGAAGAGAGUUUAAUGAAUUGUGAGAAAAUGUUGGAGAGGAGACUUGUUCCUAGUUGUUGGGCUUUCAAUGAGAUGGUAGGAAAGCUCAGUGAAAAUGGGAAUGUGGAGCAGGCCAAUGCAGUGUUAACUAUUUUGUUAGAUAAAGGAUUCCUGCCUGACGAGAUUACAUACUCUCAUCUGAUUGAGGGUUAUGGCAAAAAAGGUGAGUUUCAUGAAGUUGUCAAACUCUACUAUGAAAUUGAAAACAGAUCACUGUCUCCUGGAUUAUCGGUCUAUGUGUCAAUGAUCAGGAGCCUUUGCCUAUCUGGGAAAGUGGAGGAAGCAGAAAAAUAUUUGAGGAUUAUGAAAGAACGUUCACUGGCCCCAACUGCGUGCAUUUACGAGACAUUGAUUGCAAGCCACUCUAAAAAAGGUGAUAGAACAAGGGCUCUUCACCUUCAGGAUGAAAUGUUUUCACAAGGACUGAAGCCUAGUUGUUCGUAGCUUUCUGGUUAAAGUGCAGAGAACAUUGAAGACUAGUGUCCACUCAGGAUACAGAGUAACUCCUAUUGACUUUAAAAAGCUAGCUUUAGCGAUUCUUAAACUAUACUGCUGACCUGGAUCCGAAUUGCACCAGCUCAAGUUGUUCAUGUAAGUACUACAGGUGGAAAGGAUUCCAUACACAGAGAACGCUAAUAAACGCAGGAAGGAUGGUUUUGUCAGUACCUGAUUGGGCUUGUGCUGAGUCUGCUGACCACACAUAUGCACACACACAAAUAGAUGAUUCUGAGUCCAGAUAGGUGCUGAUCAUCCUAUAACUUUUUGCUCUUUUCUAUGAUCUCUGUCCAUGUAAUUCUUUUAUCAUAAUUUAGUGGAUUCAGUUUUGCAAGGCAAUGGAUCUUAUUAUCUAUUGGUGCUAAUCAUGUAAUUUGAUACUAAGAAAUGGUGAUCCUUUACUGAUUGAUUUAGUGGCCUGAAAAAAAAGAAGAAAGAAGAAAUAAUAAAACACGCUUUGGUUAUA